CAAUGUAUCGUGUGACAACCAAGUUGAAGGCGCUGAAAAGCCCCAUUCGCAAGUUCAGUAGGGAGAACUUCUUGCACAUAGAGAAAAGAAAAAAGGAAGCUCAUGAGCUGAUGCUCGUUUGUCAGAAAAGGUUGUUAGAUCGUCCCUCAGUCUUCAAUGCCAACCAAGAAAUUGAAGCGCAGAGGAAAUGGGCAAUCUUAGCACAAGCAGAGGAGGCUUUUCAUUGCCAAAAAUCAAGAGUAACUUGGCUAAUGGAAGGAGACUGCAACUCAGCUUCUUUUCAUCGUCCGGAUGGCUAUUCAGCGGAGUUCUUCAUAGGAUGUUGGAAUGUUCUUGGGGCCGAGGUAAGGGAAGCUGUUAUGGAGUUCUUGACCUCAGGAAGAAUCCUAAAGCAAUGGAACUCAACACUUGUCCUCAUCCCUAAAACCACCAAUGCUUCUUCUACGUCAGAUUUCAGACCCAUCUCUUGCCUCAACACUGCUUAUAAGGUCAUCUCUAAGCUGCUAGCUAACAGAUUGCAAGGGAUCCUCUCGAAGGUAAUCUCAAACCCGCAAUCUGCUUUUAUGCUUGGAAGACUAAUAGCUGAGAACGUGUUGUUAGCAACUGAAAUUGUGCAUGGUUAUAACUGGAGAAACAUUGAGCCUAGAGGAAUGUUGAAAGUGUACGUGAGGAAAGCUUUUGACUCGGUCCGCUGGGAUUUCAUUUUGGCAACGUUAAAAGCUAUAGACAUCCCGCAGAGAUUUGUCAUCUGGAUUGAGCAGUGUAUCACAACGGCUUCCUUCACCGUCUCAGUAAAUGGAAACUCGGGAGGUUUCUUUAAGAGCACAAAAUGA